AUGAAUACAUCUUUAUCCAGAAAACAAUGUUCUCAUCGUUUUAUUAAUCAAAGUUCUGGUAAAUGUCUUCAUUGUGGUUCUACAGAAAUUUCAAUUGAAUCACCACCACCACCACCAUCACCAUUGAUAAUUCAACAGGAAUAUCCAUUAAAUACUAUUGAUGAUAAUUCAUUAGAAAUCGAACAUUAUGAACGUUUAGUAUUAAUGGUUGAUGAAUGGAAAAAAACUAUGACGAAUCGUAUUGAAACAAUAUAUAAAUCAAAAAUUGAACGUUUACGUGAUGAAUUUGAACGAAAACAAGCUGUACGACGUCGUUUUAUUGCUGAACAAAAUAAAAUUGAAACUAAUGAUAUUGAACAUGAACAAAUUGAAUUAAAAAAUAUUAAUUUUCAAUUUGUAAAUCAUUCAGCUAUCGAUACUGAAUAUACAUUAAUGGCUGCAUCAUGUGAAACAAUACUUGUACAUGAUGGUCGAGUAUUUAAAUUAUUUGAUAAAAAUCUUAAUCCAUUAAUUGCAUUAGAUUUAACAACUUCAAUGCGUGAACGUUCAAAAGUUGUUGAUUUAUGUUAUGUUACAUAUUUAUCAUCCUAUUUAAUUUUAUAUGAACAAGGUUUAUGGCAAUUUCAACCAGGUUCAAAUGCAAAUUUAGUAACACAAAUUAAACGUCGAGGAUAUAUAUCAUUAACAGCAAAUACAAAAGAUCUAUUUAUGCUUGAUACGGAUGGUACAAUUGAACAACGAUCACUUGUAUCAUGGACAUUUCUUCGACGUUAUACAAAACAACAUCUAUUAACUGAUUAUAUUAAUGAUCAUUUAUUAUCAAUACGUUUUCAUACUAUUGAUUAUACAACAUUAAUUGCUAUUGUACGUGCAACAAAUAAUCGUCGAUGUUUAAUGAUUUAUAAACAUUUUGGUUCGAAUACAUUUAAAUUUUUAGAUCGAAUUUUAUUUUCUAAUAUUAAUAUUUAUACAAUAUCACCAAUACAUAUGUCACAUGCUUGGAUAUUAACAACAUGUGAAAAACAAUCAUUUUUUUUUCUUGAUGAUAAACGUGAAUAUAAUCAACGUGAUCAACAACAAAUAUGGUUUGAUAUUGAUUUUAAUUAUAGAAUUAAACAUGCUAUACCAUUUGGUAGUAAUCAAAGAAGUAUUAUUGUAAGAACAAUAAAACCAAGUCAGAUAAGACUUUAUAAUUUUUGA